AUGUGGUCAUGCCCUCAUGCGGUCAUGCCCUCAUGCGGUCAUGCCCUCAUGUGGUCAUGCCCUCAUGCGGUCAUGCCAUCAUGCGGUCAUGCCAUCAUGCGGUCAUGCCAUCAUGCGGUCAUGCCAUCAUGCGGUCAUGCCUUCAUGCCAUCAUGCCAUCAUGUGGUCAUGCCGUCAUCCCCCUACCCCCUGACACCGCCUCGUCCUCCUCCAUCUCUCUUCCCUUGGAUCCCUAAACCAGGUGCGCUUGGCGUCAAAUGUGAUGUGGAGCGACUUCAAGCUCCUCUCUCCUCCUCCUCUCAGCCGUCCAAACCUCUCCUCCCCGGCGCAGAUACCCCCUCCCCCGGUCACGCCCUCCCUUCAGAACCCUCAUACGCACUCCCUCCAGAGUCCCCACCUGUGCCGUCACCCCCGCCGCCUGUUAAGCUGAGGGUGAAGCAGGGGCAGAGGCAGCCAACUAUGUUUGACAACUGUAUGCAGCUGAGUCAUAGAUAUAGGGUGCGGUGGACGCUGGAUGAGGCGAGAGGGGUCGUUGACGUGGGGUUGGAAGCGGUCGUGGGGAGUGGGCCGCAUUACCUGGGGUUUGGCUGGGCGGACCCGGACAGUGUGACCAAGUUCAUGGGGUUUGCUGACGUGGUGAUUGCGGGAUUCGAUGAAGUGGCUAAACCAUUUGUGGAGGAUUAUUACAUCACAUCAUACGGAGAAUGCAAUCUGGAGAAGAAACCACCAGAGGGAGUGUGCCCCGACCAGCUUAUGGGCGGCGGCAACUCGUCUCUCGACAACGUGGAUUUGAUUUACGGGCACCGGGUGGACGGCAUCACUUUCGUCCGCUUCCGCCGCCCGCUCGUGAGCCCGGACAAAAGAUUUGAUCACGAUAUCGACGCAGAGGACGAGAUGAACGUGAUCUGGGCGCUCGGCUCCUUAAAGCCCAUCCCAUCCCCCUCCUCUUCCUCCUCCUCCUCUUCCUCCUCCUCCUCCACCUCUAAUCCCUCGGUGGUAGGGGGAGUGGCAGGGGCAGCACGAUCCCCCCCUGCCCACCUCUUUCCGUCCUACCACGGGGUUCCCCAGGGGUCGUUUUUCGGAGUGGCGGUGUUGACUCUAAGCCUGGCAGUAGAUGACUGUCAGAGUGUGCUGAAUCCAGCCGUUGGUGUGGGAAAUGGAGGGGGAGCAGGGGGAGGAGCAGGAGGAGGAGGCGCGGGAGGGGCUGGUGGGAGCGCGGAUGGGAGUGGCGAUGAAAACGAUGAUGAUGAUGAGGAUGGGGUGGGGGGGGUGGUGGGGAGCGGAUGGGGGAAAAUCGUCGUAGCAGACCGAGGCACGCUCAUUACAGUCACAUCGGGCAAAAGCACGCACUACCCCAACCCGCCAGCGUCGACCAAAAGCUUCUAUGUGAACGGACACGAGGCUCCAGAGAUAAAGGUGGAGAGGGGAGUGCCGGUGCAGUUCUCGAUCCAGGCUGGGCAUGAUUUGGGGGUGUAUAUCACGUCGGAUCCUGUGGGCGGGCGGUUUAAUAAGUCGGAGAUUAUAUUUGCGGGCGGCGAGGAGGCGCAUGGCGUGCCGGCGGAUCCGUACACCCUGCUGUGGAAGCCCACUAGCUCUACGCCUGACCUCGUUUACUACCAGUGCUACUCGGAGCCCAAGAUGGGGUGGCGCAUACACGUGGUGGACGGGGGCCUAUCAGACAUGUACAACCACAGCUUCCAGCUGGCAGACGGGCUCGUCACCAUGUUCUGGACGCUCACUGCCUCAUCGAUAUCCGUGGCUGUGAGGGGCGAACACCCCUCGGGCUACAUCGCCAUAGCCUUUGGCAGCGGCAUGGUGAACUCGUGGGCGUAUGUGGGGUGGGUGGAGGGCGGCGAGGGUCGGGUGGCGUCCUACUGGAUCGAUGGCAAGGAUGCGAGCAGCGUGCAUGCUGCCAGGGAGGCGCUUGAUAUGAGCAAGUGCAUGCAGGUGGGUAAUCAAGAGGGCAGGGUGCAUGCAGGUGGGUAA